UAACACUACCACAGCCCGAUACAUGUCCGGUAUGUUUCGUUAAGUAAAUUCGCACUAAUUCCGGUGAGCUGCCAACAGUGACAGAUAACGUGAAGUUCUUUGAAAGAACUGCGGAACAAUUAUCACUGUAAACAGGAACUAACGUCCUUGUUCCUGGCGUUUCUCCCCGGAGCCAUAACAGAGUGACACGCAGUGUUUGGAGGAGGGAAAAAAAGAAAAUGGCAGGUGGCAAAUCAGCACUUGUGUUGUGCAUGGACGUUGGGUUCUCCAUGUCCAACUCUGCCCCGGGUGAAGAACCUCCCUUUGAACUGGCCAAAAAGGUUAUCCAGAAGUUUGUCCAGCGCCAGGUUUUUUCAGAGUCCAAGGAUGAGCUGGCUUUAGUUCUGUUUGGCACAGACUCCACCAAGAACCCUCUGGACCAGGAUGGCCAGUACCAGAACAUCACCGUACAUCGUAACCUCAUGAUCCCUGAUUUUGAACUUCUGGAGGAAAUAGAGAAUCAGAUCCAUCCGGAGAGUCAGCAGGCUGAUUGGCUGGAUGCUCUUGUCGUGUGCAUGGAUCUCCUUCAGACGGGAACAAAGGGGAAGAAGUGCGAUCGUCUCAACAUUGCCCUCCUGACUGACCUCAACACUCAGGCCAGCUCAGAGCAGAUUGACGUUAUUAUUGAAAACCUGAAACAAGCUGGCAUCACCCUGCAAUUUUUUUUGCCUUUCCCUGCCGAGGAAGAUGAAGAGGGUGGAGGAGAUGCGAAUGGAAGGGGUCCCGGUCACCCAGGUAUGGGCAAAGGUCUGUCUAGGGAGCAGAAGAGCGGCCUGGACAUGGUGAAACACAUCAUGCUGAGCCUGGAUGAGGAGGACGGCCUGGAUGAAAUAUAUACCUUCAGGAAUGCAGUUGAGCAGCUGUGCAUGUUUAAGCGAAUCGAGAGGAGACCCAUGGCCUGGCCCUGUCAGCUGACCAUCGGCAGCUGUCUGCCCAUCCGUAUUGUUGGAUACAAAGCAGUGACAGAAGAGAAACUGAAGAAAUCGUGGAUCACAGUUGACGCUCAAACCAACCAGAGAGAUGAUGUGAAGAGAGAGACUGUCUACUGUCUGGAUGAUGACAAUGAGACAGAGGUGCAGAGGGAUGAUACCAUCCAAGGUUUUCGUUAUGGAAGUGAUAUUGUUCCUUUCUCCAAAGUGGAUCAAGACCAGAUGAAAUACAAGCACGACGGCAAGUGCUUUGCUGUGCUCGGCUUCACCAAAGAGAACAUGAUACGCCGCCAUCAGUUCAUGGGGACUCAAGUCAUCAAGAUUUUUGCUGCCAAGGAUGAUGAGCAUGCAGCAGUGGCCCUGUCCGCUCUAAUCAGAGCGCUAGAUGAACUCAACAUGGUGGCCAUUGUACGUUACGCCUAUGACCGGCGCAGCAACCCUCAAGUGGGAGCAGCCUUCCCGUGCAUCAAGCCGGGUUAUGAGUGUCUGAUGUAUAUCCAGCUGCCCUUCAUGGAAGACCUCAGACAGUUUACAUUUCCUUCUCUUGAAAACAACAAAAAGUUCACUCCGACAGACACCCAGCUCUCUGCUGUGGACUCUCUUAUUGACUCCAUGAUGUUGGUCGAGAAGGACGAUAAUGAAGAACAAAAGGACAUGUUCAAGGUGCACCACAUUCCCAACCCAGCCUUCCAGAGACUCUUCCAGUGUCUGCACCACCGGGCAGUGAGCCCUGCCAGCCCUCUUCCCCCCAUAGAGCCGUGGCUGAAGGCUGCUCUUGAGCGCCCUGAGGUCAUCACUGAACGUUGCCAGGCUCCACUUGAGGAAAUAAAGAAGAAGUUUCCUCUGACAGAGGUGGAGAAGAAAAAGAAGCUGAAGACUAGUGCUCAGAUUUUUGGCAAAGACUCAGAGGAGCCAGAUGCCAAGAAGGCAAAAGGAGACGAAGAGGAGGAGGAGUAUAACCUGGCUGACAUUGCCGAAGGCUCUGUUACAUCGGUGGGAAGCGUGGAUCCAGCCAGAGACUUCCGCACUCUGAUCAAGAAAAAAAGUCUUCCCUUCGGAGAGGUCUGUCAGCAACUGACUCACAGGAUAGAGCAGUUGCUUAGCAACAAGAACACACACUACUACAUGAAAAGCAUCACCUGUAUCCAGGCUUUUAGAGAGCAGUCCGUCAAGCUGGGGGAUGCAAGUCUGUACAAUAGUUACCUCCAGUCCCUGAAAAGAAGCAUCUCAAGCAGAGGGCUGGAAGUCUUCUGGGACCUGCUUGUUCAAGGUAUGAUAAGCCUCUUUACACUAGGCUGCAGGACUUCUCUCAAAUCAUUCCUCCCUUGAGAUUACAAGACAUUUCCACAUCAUUUCUCAAGUGCAAAAUAAGUAAAUAAUACAAAAGUGGGAGCUGACUGAUGCUUAUAAAUUUGCAUCAGUCAGACUGCUAAGACUUGUUUUUAGACUUGAAGGGAUCCUUUGCCAAUUUUCAAUGUGGGUAGUACAUGAAGAUGAGCUGUAGUAAACUUCCCUGUAUUUCAGUGCCAAAAUAUCACUCCUCCCCCAACUGCAAAACUGUUUGGUGAAGUAGAUAUCUGCAAAACAUGCCAUUCAGCAGAAUUUUGCUGGCUCCCUGUUGUUUGAACUACAGGUUGUAUUUCCUCACUGCCGGCUACCCAUGCUGCCACCUCAGACACUAACACCCUGUUUAGGCCUGGCACCAACAUAUGUCUUGGGUGAUCUCAUCACAAGUGGUUCGCUAAAUACAGAUUUAAAUGGCCACCCAGACACAUUUACUAUCAGGUUGCUCAAACUACUUGUCGAGGUGGUCUGGGACACAUCUGACCACAAAUGUUUUGUAGUAUAAAGCUGCUGUCAUCCAGGUUUGACUCCGGCAAGCACUACGUCAUCAGUGCAGGACGUGAUGGUUGUUUUGAUGACAGCGCACUAAUGCCCUCACCCAUUUCAUGUUGAGAUUAUUCAGUGUUGUGUGAUUAUCCGGUCCUUUACCCCUAUGAAAGGAGAAAUGUUGAAUUCAACUGACGGCAAUAUUGCCAGCUUUAUUGACCCAACCACUAACGUGAGUAGCAAGCAUGCUACAGAGCAGCUAGCAAAUCCAAACAAAAGUGCUGUGCUGGAGAUGUGUGUUAGGCAUAGGUGUAAAAAACGAUGUGUCUCUGCUGUCCACUUGUGUUCACAUCACUGAACUGCAUGUUAUUGCCAUGUCGAAACAAACUCAAACAGUUUAGAAGUGCAUCAAGAGACCCGCACGCCUCUUUCUCCCAAACUCAUACCAAACGGUAAAACUAGGCAGCGCUGGUCAAAUUUAAAUCAGUAUUACGUGCCAUUUUCGUGCCUAAAAAGAUUUUAGAAAUGUUUCAUUGCCCUGUUGAGCUGUAAUAGUGAGAGUUUGUGAACAGGAAUUGGGCACUAUACUGCUUCCCGCACAGUGAAAAUGCAGGCUGAAAAAAACAAUUAAUCGCACGGUAAAAAUAAGCAGCGCUGAUCAAAUAUGAAGCAAAAUUCUGUUAUUGAGUUGCGUAUGUCUUGCCUCAAAUGUUUUUUUUAGAAACAUGUCUUAGCUUUUUGUUCAUCUGUAACACGAGAUCACCGGCCACCAUUGUUUGCAGUAUGUUACCCACCAGCGAGUAUUUAUUGGUCUGGAUUGGGGAAGUGCAUUCUGGUGGUUGUAGGUUUUUUACUUCAUCAGCAAAAGCUUUUUUUUUUUUCAGUUUUUUCAACGAUCUGUUUUCUGUAGUUGUGUAGCACCAAUAUUUUCAAGUAUUUACGUCUUUCUACUGAACAGAUGUCCUAGUUUUAUUAAAAUGCCAUCUCUCCUGCGGUAAAAAAUGUCUUUAAACCUUGCUGUUUACAGAUGUCAUAACUCUGAUCAGCAAGGAAGAGGCUGAAGGAAGUACUGUGUCCAAAAACGAAGCCAAUCAGGUGAUUCCCCUUAUUUUAAACCAGUGUGAGCUGUUGAGGAAACGGCAGCUGUUUUACAUAUGUGAAAUGGAGGCUGUUCUCUAAUAACUGAAGCCUAUUUUGUCCUCAGUUUCUGGUCACUGAGGAGAAGAAGGAGGAGGCAGCUGCACCGCCAGCUGAAGAUACUGGAGAUGUUGAUGACUUGGCAAG